UUUGCUGCAGGGUCUCUGCAGAAGUUGGUCGAUGUGGUUUUUGUAAUCGGCGGUUCGAACCGUUGACAGUUUUCGAAUUGGUCUUCAGUUGAGUUCGCGUCGCGCUGCGUUGAGGUUGAAUUCCGCCAAGAGAUUCGCUUCCGUGAAAGUGAAACUCGCAGAUACUUGUGGCUAAAUUAAGAUGCGGUGCAGCCUGAGGAUGCAGUUGCUCCUGCUCCUGGGACUCUGUGUGUUCAUCUCCAGGAUCCAAGGCCAGCUGAUUGGCGGCGAGGAGGACGAAGAGGACGAGGAGGAGGAAGAAGAAGAGGAGGAGAGCGUCGAGGACGAAACGCCGGAGGAUCGACUGCAGCGCAAGAACAUCAAACAGGAUUCGACUCUCAGUGUGGACAAAUUAAUCGCCAAGUACGGCUACGAGUCGGAGGUGCACCAUGUGACCACCGAGGACGGAUACAUUCUCACCAUGCAUCGCAUCCGCAAGCAGGGCGCCCCGCCCUUCCUCCUGCAGCACGGACUCGUGGACAGCUCGGCGGGAUUUGUGGUAAUGGGGCCCAACGUGAGCCUGGCCUACUUGCUGGCCGACCACAACUACGAUGUCUGGCUGGGGAACGCGCGUGGCAAUCGCUACUCGAGGAAUCACACCACCCUCGACCCGGACGAGUCCAAGUUCUGGGACUUCAGUUGGCACGAGAUCGGGAUGUACGACUUGCCAGCGAUGAUUGAUCACGUGCUAAAGGUGACCGGAUUCCCGAAACUGCACUACGCCGGCCACUCGCAGGGAUGCACCUCUUUCUUCGUGAUGUGCUCCAUGCGUCCAGCCUACAACGACAAGGUCGUUUCCAUGCAGGCCCUCGCACCCGCCGUUUAUGCCAAGGAGACCGAGGACCACCCCUACAUUCGGGCCAUCAGUCUGUACUUUAAUAGCCUGGUAGGCAGCUCGAUUAGGGAGAUGUUCAAUGGGGAGUUCCGGUUUCUAUGCCGGAUGACGGAGGAGACGGAACGGCUGUGCAUCGAGGCCGUAUUUGGAAUAGUGGGUCGCAACUGGAACGAGUUUAACAGGAAAAUGUUCCCUGUGAUCCUGGGUCACUACCCGGCAGGAGUGGCUGCCAAGCAGGUGAAGCACUUCAUUCAGAUCAUCAAGAGCGGUCGCUUUGCUCCUUAUAGCUACAGUUCCAAUAAGAAUAUGCAGUUGUACAGGGAUCACCUGCCACCUCGUUACAACCUGAGUCUGGUGACGGUGCCCACUUUCGUGUACUACUCUACCAAUGAUCUGCUUUGCCACCCCAAGGAUGUGGAGUCCAUGUGCGAUGACCUGGGCAACGUGACGGGCAAGUACCUGGUGCCGCAGAAGGAGUUCAACCACAUGGACUUCCUCUGGGCCAUCGAUGUGCGAAAAAUGCUCUAUCGCCGUAUGCUGCAGGUCCUCGGAAAAGUGCCAGAGGGCUCGCCAGAAGAGGCUAAUCGAUCCAGAAGGGAAAUCCGGGGAAAAUUCAUACGUUCUUAAUUGUGUUACCUCUUCUUGGACAUAUUUAUUUUGUAACUAUAAGUAUUUAUUUCUACAAUAAUAUUAUAAACAAAACUCUGUGCUUCGUAUUUAUUACCAUUCCGUGCGUAAAAUUAUCACAUAGAGUGUCGAUUUCAGAUUCAUAUUAAAAAUAACGAAGCCACUUGGCAGUACCAAUUU